CUUUAAGAUUUCGGUACUUGUCAUUUUAAUAUUAGACAUUAGAAGCAGACUUACACUGUUACUAUUAAGGUGGAAUUCAUCAGCUCUCGAUCUGAAGGAAACUUUCUCGGGUAUAAAAUGUCUCAGAAUUUUCUGUGUUUAGGUCUGUGCCUUUGUAACGUUCUAUUUAUGAACAUUCAGACCGCUGAUUCCUCUGCCCCAACAGAAAAUUCCUCAAGAGAGUCAACACUUUCUGCGCCAGAGAGAGCUUGGCGUUUAAGCGGGUUUGUUAUCGCCUAUUUCGUCACCUUGGCAGUAGUUGCAGCCAUGCUUUACUGGUUGUCACGCCAAACGAAAAAGGAUACGACAAAUGGAGAUGAGUUACAGAUGAACACGUCACCGCUGGAAGUUGGCAUAACUCACCAAGCAGUUGCUGAAGACUCCGAGAGUCCAGAGAAUGUUACAGUUCUCUUUAAUAACAACACAAAGUUUUAAGUUGAGGACAAAAAAAAAUACAUAAACUUCAUUUACAUUGUAAAUUCUUGUAGAUUUAUCUACUAAACACCAUUCUACUUCAGUACCACCGUAGUAGUUUGCUAUGCGGGCCUUAGUAUCUUAGAAUAGCUGACUCGCUUUAUAUCAUCGAUCGAGUAACGUCGAGUAAGAAAAUUGAUCAGAAAAAGGAGUUUUAGAAUCAGCAAGAUUGUUGUAGAGUCUUAUCCAUAGCAGCUCUACGGCUAAGGAACAGUCGGCCAACUUAAAUGCGUCUCUCUCUUAUUCAUUUUGAUUAGAAGAGUAUUUCUUGAAAACAUCGAUGCUAUGAUGCCCGUUUACAUUACCUGGAUAAUCUUAAACACGGCGUUUUUAUUAGUAAAAAGCUACAAAAUCCUUCGUCCACACUAGGAAAUGGAUGAUAGUUUUUAGUCCACAGCAGAAAAUUGAACAGGAAGAUCAUCUCCAGCUACUACAGUUGACUGCAUCCUCGGGCAUGCGUAAAACAAGUUGUUGUUUUUUUUUUCUAUCACGGCAAAAAAAUAAAAGAGCGGUUAAGUCAGCGUUUUCUUAUAACAAACGAAGACACAAAGCCAUUGUUUUCAAUUUUGUGAAUAAGUUGCACUUUGUUUUUGGUAGACUGUUUGGACGAAUUAAGUAGCCUGACUGGUGGACGUAGCCGUAGAAAUAGAUUCUUAAUCUACGUAGUGUGGACGAAGCGCUGAUCAUUGAGGUUAAUUCCUCUCGAAAUCAUUUCUAUCUGUUUACAGUUUGCAUGUUAGACGAGAUUUUCAAGGAGUGGAAAUGUCCUAGAUCUUCCGUAAAUGUACUUUGUGGGCAAUUAUUUCAAACCCGGCUCGACAUCGGAGGAAACGAUCUCCGUUUUAUUAGUAGUUUUUUGGGUUGUAGAGUUUUUAACAUUUGCAAAAGACUUAUCUGUGGCACCUUCAAGACUGUGGAAUAGUGCGUCGACUUCACUGCGUGUCAGCGAAAUUCUGAAAUUUUUAUAAGGAAAUAACGUCCCGAAACUGAAUAAAAAAAUAUUUAAUUCUUAACGCUACUUGCGCGAUUAUAAAGAAGAAACUACCCGUUCGAAAACUUACUUCAAAGGUGCUGAA